CAGAAGAAAAAAAAAAAAAGAAAAAUGAAAGCAUAUCAAACGUUUGUGAUGGCCCUGGUCAUUGCGGAAUUGAUGGUGACGGAUGCGGCCGUGCUGGCCGGUGGCAUCCGCACCAAAGGCAAGGAGCGCGUGAUGCACGAAGGUCCCAAGGUGUUAAUCAAAAGUACGGCCCUCACGUCGAACAUCGUCAGCCGACACAAGAACAGCGACCUUCACGAAAUCUAUCUGGCCCCUUACCGAUACAUCGAAAAAGAAGCUAAAGCAGUGGCGACAUUCAUGGAAGCGGCCUUCUUCAACAACAGCGGCGCCGUUCAGGGCGUCGUCGUUUUAACGCAAGAGGCUCCAGCAAAAGGCGUCACACUGCGGGGUAACGUACGCGGAUUAACGCCGGGCAAGCACGGCAUCCGCAUUCACGAAUUCGGCGACAUUCGUGAUCACUGCCGAGCUGAUAGGACGGGACAGGUUUACAAUCCUUACAAGGUGAAAAUGCAAGAGUCGAACAUCGAAGUGAAAGAAGAUGGCACAGCUGAUUUCGUACUGACGGACAAGACCUUGACGCUGGUCGGAGGUCGAUCCAUCAUUGGCCGAUCUAUUGUAAUCGAUCAAGAGCCCGAUGACGAUUUUACACGCAAUGGAAGGGCCAAGAGACGAGCGGUUUUGUGCGGCGUCAUCGGUCGUGCAGAUUGAAUAG